AUGUCUGAUGUGCCGGCAGCCUCGCUCUACCCCUUCGGCACAGAGGCAGGGGAUCGAGAGUGCAUCCAGAGGACAGUGGAUUUCAACUCCCCCCUGUUGAAGCCAGAGAUUGGGUUCCCCUUCGGGAAGUUGCUGCGGGAUGCUCUCUACUUUACAGAUAACGGACAGAUCAUUUUCCCACCCACGGACAACUACAUCCCCUCCAACCCCAACCCACCUCCCUGGGGCUUCAGCGGCUGGGAGAGUUUGCCGAUGGUGGCCGCCUUUUGGGACGACGCAGAUUUCUCCCAGGGUGUCGGCACCACCUGGUACCAGGUCGGGGCCACCAAAGAUGUUCUCCUGGGAGAGCCCAGCUCCCAGCUCUCCCAUUUAACCCUCUCUUUUGCCAACCGGCAGGAGUACUCCACCCUCAGCUCUACCCAAGACCCCCUUGUCCAUGAUGUGGAAGCAAAGAUUGAGAAAUACCUGAAAACACCCUAUGAAGCAAAAUGGACCUUGAAGGUGACGUGGGAGAAGGCUCCAGCGUACCCGUCGCAGCAGGAUGACACUUGGACGAGCACCUACCAGGCGGUCCUCACCACCGAUGGGAACCGUUCCUUUGCCCUGCUGCUCUACCAGGACGGUGGGAUGCGGUGGGAUUACACCAAGCUGGCUGCAGGCAAUGUGCUGAUCGGCUUCUCCAGCGGUGAUGGCUAUGCCCAAAAUAAUGAGCUGACUCAAAAGCCACCAGCUGUCAAGUACCGACCCGACCAGCACAGCAGCCUCGGCACUGAUGUGCGCGGGCUGUGGAUAUACAGGCUGGACAGUCGCUCCCGGGUGAACUACAGGCUGCAGUGCCUGGUGUGGCUGGAUGCUGAGCCAGCGCCGGCCGCCUGGAAUGGCCAGCUGCUGCCAUGCCCCUGCUCCCAGCCCCAGGCAGAGCUGGAUCUCCGCUACCGCUGGAGCAGAGACCUGGCGGAUGCCUCUGUGAGGAUGCUGCGCACUGCGUCUCCCAGCCCGUCCGGAGCCGGGGUGCGGUGUCUGUACCAAGAUGGGAGCUUGCUCGAAGGCUGGCAGGAGCGAGCAUGGAGCCCCCCCUUCCUCCCCACCGCUGACAAGGAGCUGGAGGCAUUCGACUGGUGUUGCCGGCGCGUGGGGAAGCCCCUGUUCUGUGCCAGGUUUGCUGAGAAGAGACCAAGGGUCGGCUGCGAGGGAUAUGUGCCGCCCACCCCGGCUGGUGCCUUCGGGGACCCCCACAUCACCACCCUGGAUGGACUCACCUACACCUUUAAUGGGCUUGGGGACUUUGUCCUGCUGCUGGCCAGCGAUGCCAGGACCAGCUUUGUGCUGCAUGGGCGCACGGCCCAGACUGGCACGGCCCAGGCCACCAACUUCGUGGCCUUCGCUGCACAGUACAUCUCCGCCACCACCAUAACAGUUGAGUGGGUCUUGGGGAGCCAGGGUGACAUCCAAGUACUCCUGAAUGACGAAACCAUCCAGUUUUCCUAUUCCCAAGACAUGGAUGCCAAGGUGUACUACAGCCCUGGUGUCUUGCUGGUCAACACCUCCUCCAUCACGGCUGUCUUUGACGGGGCCAUCGCCAUCUCCAUCUCGGCCACCUCCAGGAUCCUCAGUGUGGUCUGCAGCCUGCCCGAUCAGUACCGCAACAGCACCAAGGGCCUCCUGGGUGUGUGGGACCACGACCCCGCAGACGACUUCCAGAUGCCAAAUGGUACCAGCAUCCCUGUGAAUAGCAGCGAGGAGGAAAUCUACAGCUAUGGGAUGACCUGGGCUGUUGGAGAGCACAGCCUGUUUUCUCAGCCUCUGGACUCACCAGUAAUGAACUUCACACCCAUCUUCUUGUCUCAGCUGAGGCAGAAUGAAAGCCAGUACCAGCUGGCAGCCUCGCAGUGCCACGGCAGCAAGGAGUGCAUCUACGAUUCACUGAGCACGGGGGACGUGGCCCUGGGCCUGGCCACCCAGAGCCUCACAGCUGACCUCCAGAAGAAGAAGACAGUACUCAACGCCUUCCCUCCCGUCAUCACCGGUGACGCGUCGCUCACGGCCUUCAGGACAGAAAGGGUCAGGAGGCAGUACCGUGCAGUGGGGGCGGGCGCACGCUUUGUCCCCCACCUCUCACCGGAGCUCAACAUAUCGGAGAAUGGCACCCUGACGUGGGAGCCCCACGGGAUGGCCCCGCUCACCAUGAACCUGGAGGCUGUUGGGUCCAACAACCUCACCGCCCUCCUCCAGCUCCGCUUCACCCUUUGCAGCUGCAGCAGGAGCCAGGAAUGUGACUACAGCGACACCAUCACCCUCAAGGGGUCCUCCCUGCAGCUGGCAGCCUGCAGAUGUGAGGACGGCUACUCAGGGCCCUUCUGCCAGGACCCUCCAGACCCCUGUGCCCAGGGAUGCUUCCCUGGCGUGGGCUGCGACUUGCACGCCGGCUGUGGCCCGUGCCCAGCUGGCCUGACCGGCGACGGGCGGCACUGCUCAGAUAUUGAUGAGUGCGCGCAGGGGACGGCGUGCCCAGGGAACACCACCUGCACCAACACGGUGGGCAGCUAUGCCUGCUCCUGCCUGACUGGUGAGGAAGGUGAGGGGCCAGGCUGUGGCUCAGCCUGCGGCUCCCGCUCCUGCCCCGAGGGCUACUGCAGCAAUGGGGGACAUUGCCGCUUGCACCCCAUCACCUGCGCCCCCACCUGCGCCUGCCCCCCGGCUUUCACCGACCAGCACUGCCUGGUGGCGGGGGGGGAUUUUCGGCCGCUGCCCAGUGCAGAUCUCCCCCGGAGAAGCAUUCAGCUGCGGGUCAGGACGCUGCGAAACGCCACUGCUGGGGAAGUCAACGGCACCGUCUCAGCCAUCCUGGGCUCCCUGGAGGUAAAGGCUUUCCAGAGCAACACCAACAUCACCCAGAUGACAGAUGGCGAUGGCUUCACCUUCGUGGUGGUGUCCGAGUUCGCCUACGACAGCCGCAGCACCAUCAUCCGGUUCCUGAAUGAGGAGCUGCUGGGGGCCAUCACCGGCGCCUUCAACAGGCGGCGGGGGCGGCAGGAGACGGGCGUGCACCUCCUCUUCCAGCACCUGCACCGGGACAACAUCACCGACCUGGUGAAGCUGACAGUGGCUGAGCUGAGGCACUAUUUCCCCUGCGGUUUGUAUGGCUACAAAGGCUACCGGCUCCACUACGCAGGGACCAUCGGCUUCGUCUGCAUCUCCCCUUGCAAGACAGGUUACUGCCAGCAUGGCGGCCGGUGCCAGCAUCUGCCUGAGGGGCCCACGUGCAGCUGCCUCCCCUUCUCCAUCUUCUCCCCCACUGGCGCCCAGUGCGAGCGACUCUCCGUCAGCCUCGCCGCCUUCCUCAGCAUCUUGGUGGGAGCUCUGGCUCUGCUCUGCCUCCUGUUCACCACCGCCUGCCUGGCCUCGCACCUCUGCCGCCGCCGCCGCCACCAGGGGGCCAAGGAGACCUUCUGGAGGCCACAGCCCUUCUCCUGUGAGUACAUCGCUGCGAACCCCCCCACCCCAGCUCUGUUUCACCCUGGUCGUCUUCGAGCUCUGCUCAACUUCUCUGCUGCAGCUCUGAGGACAGCAGGAGAGCAGGCAGUGUCCACCCACUCCCACUCCCUGGAAAGGCGUUGGGAACCGCAGCUCCAGGCCAUCGACCCCUCAAUCCAGGUCUGCCCGGGGGUUAUUGUCCCCAUGGGGGGUCGGGGGCUGUCGGCUGGGGACUGA